AUGACAGCUGACGCAGCAAGUCCGAGUCCGGGUGCUUUGCAGGAUGUCGAUGACGAAUCCGAGCAACAAGCAGCUCCGGUGCCUCAUUCCUUGAAUCCACCAUCAGAAUCAUCGCAGCCGACCGAAUACAGUACGGCGGCGGCCGAGAAGCCACACCACGUCGUCGCACUCGAGGCGGAGGACCUCCAGAUCCGGGCGACACUUGAGGCUCUACGUGCUCGCGAUGAGCAGUCGGGCCUGCCAGCUGGCGAGCUGGGCAUGACCUGGCGGGAUGUGACGGUCAAGGCCGUCAGUUCGGAGGCGGCACUGCACGAGAACGUGGUAUCGCAGCUGAACCUGAUACGUACGCUUCGCGACGCCCACCGCAAGCCGCCACUCAAGACGCUCGUCGACCAUUCGCACGGCUGCGUGCGACCAGGCGAGAUGCUGCUGGUGCUGGGCCGCCCCGGUGCCGGCUGCACGACGCUGCUCAACAUCCUGGCCAACCGGCGGCGGGGCUUCGACUCGGUCGAGGGCGACGUUCGCUACGGCAGCAUGACGGCCAUCGAGGCCAAGCGCUACCGCGGCCAGAUCGUCAUGAGCACAGAGGAAGAGCUGCACUACCCGACUCUGACCGUCAAGCAGACGCUCGACUUUGCCACGCGGCUCAAGGUACCCUUCCACGCGCCCGUGGGGGCUGACUCGAUCGAGGAAGUGCGCACGCAACUGCGCAAUUUCCUGCUCGCCAGCCUGCACAUCGAACACACAGUCGGCACCAAAGUCGGCGACGCGUUUGUUCGUGGUGUCUCGGGCGGCGAGCGAAAGCGCGUGUCGAUUGCCGAGGCUAUGGCCACACAGGGCUCUGUCUACCUGUGGGACAACUGCACACGAGGACUGGACGCGAAUACUGCCCUCGAGUUUAUCAAGGCCGUUCGCGCCAUGACCGACGUGCUUGGCCUCACGAGUGUCAUGACUCUCUACCAAGCCGGCAACGGCAUCUACAACCUAUUCGACAAGGUGCUUGUGCUCGACCGUGGCCAGCAAGUCUACUACGGACCGACCGUGGAGGCCCGUCCGUUCCUCGAAGACCAGGGCUUUGUCUGUCGUCCUGGCGCCAACGUUGCUGACUUUCUUACCGGUGUCACCGUUUCGACCGAACGCAUCAUCCGCCAUGGCUGUGAGGCCACGUUUCCACGCACUACUGCUCAGCUGCGCACCGCGUACGAAAAGUCGGAACUGUGCCAUCGCAUGGAGCUCGAGUAUGUCUAUCCCGACAGCGAUGCCGCUCGUGUGGCCACCGAGCGUUUCCAGGCCCGUGUCGUUGCUCUGCGCGACAACCGCUUCAUCGGCCUGCUUGGCCGUCAUAGCCCGCUCACCGUCGGCUUCGCCUCGCAGGUCCGCGCCUGCGUCAUCCGCCAGUACCAGGUUCUCUGGGGCGACAAGCCGACGCUGAUUGCCCGCCAGUGUGUCUGUCUCGUCAUGGUGCUGAUUGUCGGCUCGCUCUUUUACAAUGCCGCCGACGACUCGCUCGGACUCUUUCUCAAGGGUGGCGCGCUCUUCUUCUCGCUCGUCUUCUUCACCAUGCUCGCUAUGCCCGAGGUUAUGAACUCGUUUGAGGGUCGGCCCAUCAUGAUGGAACAGCGACACGCUGCCCUCUUUAAUCCUGCCGCCUUUUGCAUCGCCCAGAUCUCUGCCGAUGUUCCUAUGACGUUGUUUAUUGUCUCCUACUUUUCGCUUGUGCUCUACUUUAUGGUCGGCCUUAAGGAGACGCCUGCGGCGUUCUUUACGUUUUGGAUCCUUCUGUUCACCAUCAGCAUGACCAUCACAGCUCUCUGUCGUGCCGUCGGUGCCCUUUGCCGGACGUUCGAUGCCGCUAGCAAGAUUAUGGGCAUCCUGAUGAUUGCCUUUCUGACCUACUCUGGCUACAUGAUCUUCAAGCCCAAGAUGCAUCCUUGGUUUGUGUGGAUCUACUGGAUCUCACCUAUGUCCUACGCCUUUGAUGCUCUGCUGUCUAACGAGCUUUCCGGGGCCGUCAUCGCCUGCAGUGGCAUCAACCUGAUCCCCCGCGGCCCUGGCUACGAGAACGCCUCUGCACCAUACCAGUCGUGUGCCGGCGUGCCUGGUGCCACGCUAUUUUCCACCAUCGUUGAGGGCAACUCCUAUCUGAGCGCGCUCUCCUACAGCCACGGCCAUGUCUGGCGCAACUUUGGUGUCCUGUGGGGCUGGUGGUCUCUGUUCGUCUUUGUCACCAUUGUGGCUACGGCCAACUGGCGUGCGGCUUCGGAAAGCGGCCCGGCGCUGCUGAUUCCCCGCGAAAAGGCAAACAAGGUCAAGCUUCCGAACGUAGAGGACGGCCUUGGCACCGACGACGUAGCCGGAAUGGGCAGUGAGAAGAAGGAGCUUUCCAACGCAGACAACAACGCUUCCGACAGCUCGACGCCGGCCCUGAUGAAGAAUACGGCCGUCUUUACGUGGAAGCACCUCCACUACACCGUGCAGGCGGGCGGCCGUGACCUCAAGCUGCUCGAUAAUGUGCAGGGCUGGGUGCGUCCCGGCAUGCUAGGGGCACUGAUGGGCUCCUCAGGCGCCGGAAAGACAACGCUGCUGGAUGUGUUGGCGCAGCGCAAGACUGAGGGCGUUAUCAAGGGCAGUGUUCUGGUCGAUGGCCGCGAACUGCCCGUAUCGUUUCAGCGAUCGACGGGAUACUGCGAGCAGCUGGAUGUCCACGAAGCCCUAGCCACUGUGCGGGAGGCCCUCGAGUUUUCGGCCCUUCUGCGACAAGACCGCCACACGCCGCGUGCCGAAAAGCUGGCGUAUGUCGACACGAUCAUCAACCUGCUGGAGCUCAACGACCUUGCCGAUACGCUGAUUGGCCGAAUCGGCAACGGCUUGUCGGUCGAACAGCGCAAGCGCGUGACGAUCGGCGUCGAGCUUGUGGCCAAGCCGAGCCUGUUGAUCUUCCUAGAUGAGCCGACCACCGGUCUCGACGGACAGUCUGCCUUUAAUACCGUCCGCUUUCUGCGCAAGCUCGCUGAUGCUGGCCAGGCCGUCCUCGUCACCAUUCACCAGCCGUCGGCACAGCUGUUUGCCCAGUUCGACACCCUCUUGCUGCUGACAAUGGGCGGCAAGAUGGUCUAUUUCGGGGAUAUCGGCGUUCGCUCCGAUAUCAACGGCCUUGCGCAUGCAGCACCGGCCGACUCGUCCGGCCACGUGGAGGACUCGAGCACGCAAACAGUCCGCGAGUACUUUGCCCGUUAUGGCGCGCCUUGUCCUUCUGGCGUGAAUCCAGCCGAGCACAUGAUCGACGUCGUCUCUGGUCGCCUGUCACAAAAUAAGGACUGGCACCAGAUCUGGUUGGACUCGCCCGAAAAAGCGGCCAUGGACGCCGAGCUAGACCGUAUGGUGGUCGAGGCACGAGCAAAGCCGCGUCUUGCGCUGACGCAGACACGCAGCCAGGAAGGCACCAACGGCAAUCUCCAGCUUCACCGCACACUAACAAACGCCACGGACGCCACAUACGACUCGACCGCACCGGCACCGCCGUCGCUUAACACGGACGACAGCGAGUUCGCUGCGCCGCUCUGGGAGCAGAUCUGUGUGGCAUCGACGCGGAUGAAUCGUGCUCUCUACCGCAACACGGAUUACAUUAACAACAAGAUCUACCUCCACAUCCUAACCAGCCUGUUUACGGGCUUUUCUUUCUGGAAGAUCGGCUCGUCCGUGCUGGACCUGCAGCUGCGGCUGUUUGCCGUGUUCAGCUUCGUGUUCGUGGCGCCGGGCGUGAUCAACCAGCUGCAGCCGCUCUUCAUCGAGCGGCGGGAUAUCUUUGAGACGCGCGAGAAAAAAGCCAAGAUGUACUCGUGGAUCGCGUUCGUGACAGCGCUGAUCGUGUCGGAGCUGCCGUACCUGGUCGUCUGCUCGAUCAUCUACUUCUUCUGCUGGUACUACACCGUCGGUUUUCCGCACGCAACCAGCCGCGCCGGUUCGACCUACUUCAUGGUGCUGCUGUACGAGUUUCUGUACACGGGCAUCGGCCAGUUCGUGGCAGCCUAUGCGCCCAAUGCCGUGUUUGCCCACCUGAUGAACCCGUUUGUGAUUGGGAUCCUGCUGGCCUUUUGCGGCGUCCUGGUGCCGUAUUCGGAGAUCCAGCCGUUCUGGCGCUACUGGAUGUACUACCUGAACCCGUUCAACUACCUGAUGAGCGGUCUCCUCGUCUUUGACUCCUGGGACUCCAAGGUGCGCUGCCGGAAGGACGAGUUUGCCUACUUUAACCCACCCGACGGCCAGACCUGCGGCGAGUACUUGGGCAUCUACCUCCAGACCUACGGGCGGAUCAACAACCUGGAGAACCCCGAGGACACUUCGCUUUGCCGCGUGUGCCAGUAUCGCUCGGGAACGGACUACCUCUACACCGUCAACAUCGACAAGUACGGCAACGGCUGGCGGGACGCAGGCAUCCUGGUGAUUUUUGUCUUGAGUUCGUACUCGUUGGUCUACGGUCUGAUGAAGCUGCGGACCAAGAUGUCCAAGAAGGCGGAGUAG